CAGAGCUUCGGAGACUGAAGAGCAGGAUUCGGCAGCAAUCAUCGAAUGAAAAACUGCAUUCAACAGAAGUAAGAGACAGAGAAUAAAAAAUCACAGCAACUAACCGCUUCAGAAAAUAAAGGAAAUGCAGCUGACAGUGAAGUUCAUAACUGGAGAGGCACUCAGUCUUAAUGUGACUCCCACCAUGACGGUAGCAGAGGUGAAAGCAGAAAUUCAGCUCAGGACUGGUGUGCCAAUUGGCCAGCAGCAGCUUAAUGUUCAGAAUGGGCAGCUUGUGGAGAUGAAGAAUAAUGAACGGCUACAGAACUACAGUAUCCCCAAUGGCACUAUCAUGAUGCUGGUGAAGAAGGAGGAGGAGCCAAUGACUGUUUUCCUGAAAAAUGAAAAGGGCAUAACAAGCACCUACACCAUCCUCCCAUCUCAGAGUGUUGCAAGCUUCAAGAGAGAAGUUCAACAAUUGGAACGGGUCCCUGUGGAUCAGCAGCGCCUCAUCUAUGAAGAGAGACCACUGGAAGAUCAUCUGCUACUUAAUGACUAUAAUAUCCGUCCUAACACAACCAUCUUCAUGACUUUACGACUGCGUGGGGGUGUUCCUACUUAACAGAUGCAUUUUUUUUUUCUUUUUUUUUGCACCUAUGGACUUAAUUUUUAGACUGUUUAUAAAAAAAAAAAAAAAAAAAAAAAAAAAAAAAGAGGUAACAAACAUCAGACCACUACUCACAGUAGUGGCAUCAUACCUGAUUCCUAGUUAUAUAUAUGUAUGUGAAUCAAUAUUUCUCAUUCUGCUUUCUGGUGCACCUGUUCUCCAGUCAAGAACUGUAAGAGUGCUCCUUUCUCAUGGUUGCUUCGAGUUAUCUCAGAUAUGUUGUAAACAUGGUAGGGCAACCCUAGUUUCUCUAUCUUUCUUCAUGAGAAACUCAGAAGUCAGAUACUAUGCCAAGUUACAGGACAUGGGGGUUUGUGUCAAGAAGGUUGCCUUAAAUAAAAUGUUGCAUGCCAAUAUAAUUAUAGUAAUACCAGAUUUUGUAAAUGUUUUUGUGAAUAUAGGCUAUAACUGUUUACUGUUCCUUAAUAGCUUUGAAUGCGCAAUGAGAAAGGCAAUGUUCUUUGAUAAAACUUCCAACUUUUAUGACAUAAAGUGCUUGUUUUAGUAGAACAUGCAGCUGCUCUGUUAAGUAGAUAUAUUUAGUAUUAUACAUUCUUUGGUGAAAGGCAAUGCCUACUAAUGCACUAUAAUGAUAAUUUAAAACUGAGAUGUUACAAUUUAUAAGCAAGCCUUUGGCCUUCAGACCGUAAACAUACUUCAUACUGACAUCUACAUUUGCACUACAUCACAGAAAUAAUUUUAUAUUUUAGCAAUGUCACUAAGGUAGUCAAGAGAAUUGCGACCCAGUCCUUGGAGCUUAUUUCCCCUAGCACUGUGCAUGCUCUUUGCCUAACCUCAGGAGGUUUCAGAAGCUUCAUUUCCCACUCUGUUCUAAAGGCAGUCACAAGCUUUACUGCAGAUUCUGUUGGUGAGAACAUUGCAGGAGGAAAAGCAGUGUCUGCAUGCUCUGUCAUGUUUCCUGAUUUGUAUAGCUGAUGAUCUAUGUAGUGACUUCUUUCCUUUUCCCCUAUAGAAUCAAAAUAAAUUUGUGGUGAGAUAGUAAAAAAAUGUACAGCUUGUCAGAUGCAUCACAUCACAGCUUACAGGGCCUGUAUUCCAGUUAUAAUUUAUUAACCAAAUAUCAUGGCUACCUGUAUCUUACUUUUUUAACUUUCGCGAGUCCACAUAAAGGUUACAUCUACAUGUAAUUCCUGGCCUCAUAGGAAGACCUCCUUAAUAACACAACAUUAUUCAACUGCCUACUCUUUUUUUAAUGUAUAUCAUGGAAAGUGAACGCCUUGUAAGAGUUAAUCGCCUCGGUAAGUAACACCCUGCUUUGCUUUACUGUAAGAAAUACAGGGUAUACAUUCUAUAGAAACAAGUUCAGAUUCACAACGCUCUAGUCAGGUUAUAAUGUACAUAUGGAAUACCAGACUGAUCCUGUGAGCCAAAAGGUCUUUAUGUGAUGACAGCUUCUGUGUUCAUGUGAUUGUAUAAAUUCUGAGCCAUGUGAUAGUUGUCUAGUAUCUCUAAGAAAAAUGAUAUUUAAGAUGUUAUAUUUAAUCCUUUUAAUGAGCUGCUGCUAAAGUGGUCAUAAUUUGAUAUGUGUUGCUAGAGGAGCAAAUAUUAUAUCCUAAAUCAUUGUACAAUAAAAAACUGUAAAAUAAAUAUGAUCAUGUCUGUG